GCGAGUCGUCAGACAAAAGCAGCGCGACUUGGACGGCGGCCAACAGUUGCGGUCUGGAGCUCAUCCAUAAUUAGACAAAACUUUUUGCUACGAAAAGUGACUGAAACUUACAAGGAAAGAGAAAGCACAGCAAAUUGCGAAUGGCGUGUAGUUUCUUGCCGUGUUACUCAAUCGUGUCAAUCGGACCUAUCGAGAAACUCCUUAGCAUUGCAUACUUUUAUGGGCGAAUGCCUGGCAGAGUGAAUGUGCAAAAAGAUACAAAAUGCGAGCAAAAGUGAAGCCAAUAAAAGGGCGAUAAAAUUGACGCCGAUACAGGAGGAAGGAGCAGAAGGAAGAGCCGCUCGUCGGAAGAGACACGAUAAGCGUAUCCUGUCGGCAGAGUGCAUAAAAAGGCGAUAUAUAUUCCGGUGUCCUGUGCUGUGCGGCUCGUGUGGCUCGUGUUUGUUUGUUGCUGCAGCCUCUGAUAGCCGACGAUUCCAAUGCCUUGGUGAUUAAUGGGCCAUUGGCCAUUGCCGACGGGAUGCGCAUAAUUCAACCGGUCCAAAGGGCCAGAUACGGUCCCGGUCCAUGGCCGGCCGUGGGACUGAGGCUAGUCCUGGCCCUUGCCUGGGCCACGUCGGCAGCGGCUGCCAUGGAGUCAUCAGCCGAGCUGCAGGCCCUGGGCUACGAGGCAAUUAGGCCAGGUGCUGCCUCAAUUAGCACAUACAGCCCGUCCAGCUCGCCACCCGGAGAAUCGGCAGCGACGGUGGCUGCCGGGGGGAUUCCGGUGCCACCGCGCUCCGAUUGGAAGUACAAACGGACGAAAGUCAAGCGCCGGCAGCAGCGCCUCAAUUCGCACAGCAACCUGCCUGGAAGCACCAAUGCCUCCCACGCCCACCACCUCCUGAAUCUUCCACCCAGGCAGCGAUACUUGAAGGUCAAUCAGGUGUUCGAGAGCGAGCGCCGCAUGUCGCCGGCCGAAAUGCAGCGCAAUCAUGGCAAAAUCGUCCUCCUCGGACUCUUUGAGCUGUCCACGUCGCGGGGACCACGUCCGGAUGGUCUCAGCGAACUGGGGGCUGCCACCAUGGCCGUGGAGCACAUCAACCGCAAGCGCCUGCUGCCGGGCUACACCCUCGAGCUCGUGACCAACGAUACUCAGUGCGAUCCUGGAGUGGGCGUGGAUCGCUUCUUCCACGCCAUCUACACGCAGCCCUCGACGAGGAUGGUGAUGCUGCUGGGAUCGGCCUGCUCGGAGGUUACCGAGAGCCUGGCGAAGGUGGUGCCGUACUGGAACAUCGUGCAGGUAUCCUUCGGUUCCACCUCGCCGGCGUUGAGCGACAGGCGGGAGUUCCCCUACUUCUACAGGACCGUGGCCCCGGAUUCCUCGCACAACCCGGCGCGCAUCGCCUUCAUCCGAAAGUUUGGCUGGGGCACGGUGACCACUUUCUCGCAGAACGAGGAGGUUCACUCGCUGGCGGUGAACAACCUGGUCACCGAACUGGAGGCGGCCAACAUAUCCUGUGCCGCCACCAUCACCUUUGCGGCCACCGACUUCAAGGAGCAGCUGCUGCUACUCAGGGAGACGGACACGCGCAUCAUCAUCGGCAGCUUCUCGCAGGAGCUGGCCCCCCAGAUCCUGUGCGAGGCCUACAGGCUUCGGAUGUUCGGGGCGGACUACGCCUGGAUCCUCCACGAGAGCAUGGGUGCUCCGUGGUGGCCGGACCAGCGCACCGCCUGCUCUAACCACGAACUGCAGCUGGCCGUCGAGAACCUCAUCGUGGUCUCGACGCACAACAGCAUCGUCGGAAAUAACGUGAGCUACAGUGGACUGAACAAUCACAUGUUCAACUCCCAGCUGCGCAAGCAGUCCGCCCAGUUCCACGGCCAGGAUGGACUUGGCUCCGGCGCUGGCUCUGGCUCCAGGAUCAGUAUUGCUGCACCGCAUUCUGGUUCUCGCCGGCGGCGGAGGAGAGGCCUGGGAGGCGUCGGCGGAGGACACCUCUUUCCGGAGGCGAUCUCGCAGUACGCGCCGCAAACCUACGACGCCGUGUGGGCAAUAGCACUGGCCUUGAGAGCCGCCGAGGAGCACUGGCGGCGAAACGAGGAGCAGUCGAAGCUGGACGGAUUCGAUUACACCCGCAGCGACAUGGCCUGGGAGUUCCUGCAGCAAAUGGGCAAGCUCCACUUCCUGGGAGUGUCGGGCCCCGUGUCCUUCAGCGGCCCAGAUCGCGUUGGCACCACUGCCUUCUAUCAAAUCCAGCGCGGUCUGCUGGAACCGGUGGCCCUCUACUAUCCGGCCACGGACGCCCUUGACUUCCGGUGUCCCCGCUGCCGGCCGGUGAAGUGGCACAGCGGGCAGGUGCCCAUUGCGAAGCGGGUGUUCAAGCUGCGGGUGGCCACCAUCGCACCACUGGCCUUCUACACCAUCGCCACCCUCUCCAGCGUGGGAAUCGCCCUGGCCAUCGCCUUCCUGGCGUUCAAUCUGCAUUUUCGGAAGCUCAAGGCAAUUAAACUUUCCAGCCCGAAGCUGAGCAACAUCACCGCAGUGGGCUGCAUCUUUGUGUACGCCACCGUCAUCCUUUUGGGUCUGGACCACUCGACGCUGCCCUCGGCGGCGGACUCCUUCGCUACGGUCUGCACGGCCCGCGUCUAUCUGCUCUCCGCCGGAUUCUCGUUGGCCUUUGGAUCGAUGUUUGCCAAGACCUACAGAGUUCACCGGAUAUUCACGCGCACCGGCAGCGUUUUCAAGGACAAAAUGCUGCAGGACAUCCAGCUGAUCCUGCUCGUCGGCGGAUUGCUUCUGGUGGACGCGCUGCUCGUGACCCUUUGGGUGGUCACCGAUCCCAUGGAGCGGCAUCUGCACAACCUGACGCUCGAGAUCAGUGCGACUGAUAGAAGCGUCGUUUACCAGCCUCAGGUUGAGGUUUGCCGUUCGCAGCACACGCAAACGUGGCUAAGUGUCCUGUACGCCUACAAAGGUCUACUUCUGGUGGUGGGAGUCUAUAUGGCCUGGGAGACGCGCCACGUCAAGAUCCCUGCUCUCAAUGAUUCACAGUACAUCGGAGUGUCGGUCUACAGUGUGGUCAUCACCAGCGCCAUCGUCGUGGUUCUGGCCAACUUGAUUUCGGAGCGAGUCACCCUGGCCUUCAUCACAAUCACAGCUCUGAUUUUAACCAGCACCACGGCCACUCUUUGCCUGCUUUUCAUCCCAAAGCUCCACGACAUCUGGGCAAGAAACGACAUUAUCGACCCGGUUAUCCACAGCAUGGGCCUUAAAAUGGAGUGCAACACACGCAGAUUCGUGGUGGAUGAUCGCCGAGAACUGCAGUACCGGGUGGAGGUGCAAAACAGGGUGUACAAAAAGGAAAUCCAGGCCCUGGACGCCGAGAUUCGAAAGCUGGAGAGGCUGCUUGAGUCGGGUCUAACCACCACCUCCACCACAACGUCGUCGUCCACCUCACUCCUAACGGGAGGAGGUCACUUAAAGCCGGAACUGACGGUGACCAGUGGAAUCUCGCAAACCCCGGCUGCCAGUAAAAACAGAACACCAAGUAUCUCGGGAAUACUGCCGAAUCUCCUGCUCUCCGUGCUGCCACCUGUGAUUCCCCGGGCCAGUUGGCCCUCGGCGGAGUACAUGCAGAUCCCGAUGAGGCGCUCCGUGACCUUCGCCUCCCAGCCCCAACUAGAAGAGGCCUGCCUGCCCGCACAGGACUUGAUUAACCUCCGUUUAGCCCAUCAGCAGGCCACGGAGGCUAAGACGGGCUUGAUAAACCGAUUACGAGGGAUAUUUUCUCGCACCACCUCGAGCAACAAGGGAUCCACGGCCAGCUUGGCGGACCAAAAGGGUCUGAAGGCGGCCUUCAAAUCGCACAUGGGUCUGUUCACCCGUCUGAUUCCCUCCUCGCAAACGGCGUCCUGCAAUGCCAUAUACAAUAAUCCAAAUCAGGAUUCCAUUCCCUCGGAGUCGUCCUCCCACCCGAAUGGUAACCACCUAAAGCCCAUCCAUAGGGGUUCAUUGACCAAAAGCGGUACACACCUGGAUCACCUUACCAAGGACCCGAAUUUCCUGCCCAUCCCCACUAUUUCGGGGGGUGAGCAGGGGGACCAAACGUUGGGUGGCAAGUACGUGAAGCUGCUGGAGACCAAGGUGAACUUCCAAUUGCCUAGCAACCGGAGACCUUCGGUGGUGCAGCCGCCGCCCAGUCUAAGGGAAAGGGUAAGGGGUUCGCCACGCUUUCCACACCGCAUCCUGCCGCCCACCUGUAGUCUCAGCGCCCUGGCGGAAUCCGAGGACCGUCCCGGAGAUAGCAGCUCCAUCUUGGGCAGCUGCAAGUCCAUUCCUCGCAUUUCCCUGCAGCAGGCCACCAGUGGAGGCACCUGGAAAUCCAUGGAAACAGCGGGCAAGUCGAGGCUUUCCCUCGGCGAUUCACAGGAAGAGGAGCAGCAGUCGCCUGCGAAUGGCACGGAGUAAAUGAGAUGCCCUGUCCACAGACCACUGUCUACUGUCCACUGUCCACAGUCCAAAUCCAAGUCCUCGUCAAUUAGAAGCGAAACACCAAGCAAUUAUUUUAUCACACGCCCACAAAAUCUGCCCCAGAAUAGCGCGUGUGCAACUGACCAAUCAUCAGCUUAAAGCAAUCAAACGCAUUAGGGUAAAAAGCUAGAUAAGUCACGAUAGGAACCCCCCCUUCCUCGACAAGUUCACAUAGCUAGUCAUUUUCCUGAACUUAGCAGAAUCAGCUACACAGAGAAAACUGCAGGCACAUUGUGCUCUGCCUAGAAGUAGAAAAAUUUACAAUGUAAACUAAGAAAUUUGUGAAAUGGUAGAACUUAUCUUGAUAUAUUCGCGUUGAGUCUAUGUUUUCGAUAUCAGCAAGGUUUUCUGAGAACUACCAUCAGUAUUCGCCUCGGGGUGCCAAAUGUUUAGCAAAAUGCCUCUAUAUUUUUUAGACUAUUUCUUGAUAAUCAUUUCCUAAGGCCUAGUGUAGUGUUCCUUUACUAAGCAUGGAUAUUAUUUCCUCAAGAUAGCUUUAGGUCAUUAAAAAAUGUUACUCUCAUUUGUGUCUUUAAAUUAAUAAGAUAACAUCGAGGUCGUUUAAGCUUAGUCUUAGACCCAAUCGCAUCUCUCUGUGUAGAACUCCUCCGCAAUGUGAUUGACCCUGGGCCGCGUAGGACCAUCAUCUAGGUUAAGUAGAUGCGUUUGUCGGCCAGUUUCCAGUAUCCAGUAUCCAUUCCCAGCCAGUUGUGAUCAACCCGCUCCUUAACCCCUUGCAACUUAUCAUCCUCCUAGUCGUAAGUAGCUGCAUUAGUGUUUGUUUUCUUGUUGUUGUGCCGCCGCAGGACGGCUGUAUCUGCGGUGUAUCUACAGUGUAUCCAGUGAGCAAUACUAAGAAUCGUACUUAAAGUUAGAACCUAGCAUCAGCCGAGAUCCAGAACCAGAAGCAGAACCAGAAGCAGAAUCAGAGUAGAGCAGGGGUUGGCAGCCAGUGAGUAUGAUUAAUCAUCGCAGACUAACCUUGAAUCGUGCAAGAGUCCAGAGAUGUUAGGGCGAAAGCCAAAACACUUGAGAACUGCUCAAGACUAAGUCGUAAGUUUUAGCAUUGUAAUCCCAAUCGACUUCAAUCCACACGCCACACUCCUGCAAUCCAAAGUCCACCUACCCACCACUCGGAUAACUUGAAUAAACAGAGAAGUCUAAGCAGAAAU